GCCUGUCUCUUUAAGAGGCUUGUUGAGUGGGGAGGUGGAACCUUGUCUGCUUCUAAACAAGCAUUUCUAUCAACAAAACGUGUCUCACUAGCGGGCAGAUCUCGUAGGGUGUGCAUGUACACAAGUCGUGGCUGAUUUUCUUUUACAUGACUUCCUCAAGGUGUACGUGUGAUAUGUGAGUCCCGUUUCAUCAGCACCUGAGGUUUGCAAUACUCGGCUGGAGGGCCACCAACAGCUCAGGUGUGUGACGGCUAUUUGCCAAUUGCCCUGCACCAUGAAGCUCGCUGUAGUUCUCCUCCUCUCUGCGUGCGGUGUGCUGUUUAAACACGACUGUGAAGCUCAAGUAGAAACAUCUCCAACGCCCUCAGCCAGUAACUGCACGUGUGAGCUUGGCCACGGAAAGUGUGCUGAGAACGGCGACUGCAGGUGUGACCCGGGGUGGGGUGGCCCGCGCUGUGACGACUGCGUGCGCAUGCCCGGGUGUGUUCACGGCUCCUGUCAUCAGCCCUGGCAGUGCACCUGCGUGGACGGGUGGGGGGGCAGAUUCUGUGACAAAGAUAUCUACGUGUGCUCUAGAGAACAGCCGUGUCAGAACGGGGCGACCUGCGUCUUGAGUGAGUCGGGGGAUUAUAACUGCUUAUGUCCUGAAGGCUUACACGGGCGGGACUGUGAGCUGAAAACUGGGCCUUGCCAAAAGACAAAGUCCCCCUGCAAGAAUGGCGGUCUCUGUGAGGAUCUGGGAGGUUUCGCUCCAGAGCUGUCGUGUCGGUGCCUGGCCGGCUUCACCGGGCCGCGCUGCGAGACCAACAUGGACGACUGCCUGAUGCGCCCCUGUGCCAAUGGUGCCACCUGUGUGGAUGGCGUGAACCGUUUCUCCUGCCUGUGCCCUGUGGGCUUCACCGGGCGCUUCUGCACCAUCAACCUGGACGACUGCGCCGGCCAGCCCUGCCUCAACGGAGGACGCUGCAUCGAUCGGGUCUCGGCCUUCCAGUGCCUCUGCCCUCCAGGUCACACCGGAAGAACAUGCGAGAUUCCCGUCUGGGAGUCGGGAUCUCAAGCGGUGUCUCCGUUCAAGAGCGAAGAGAGCAAAUCUGUUCUGGGAAAUCACUCCCAUUGGACGACUCCUAACGGGAAUGAGAAACGCUUGUUUAAAAUCUCCGUGGUGACCCAGCGCGGGGCGGAUGGGCUGUCGGAGUCGCAGCUCGUCCUCCUGCUGGUGUUGGGGGGCAUGACUUUAGCCGUGGUGGCAGUAACAGCUGGUCUGGUGCUGCGUGGACAGUGCCAGGACCGAUCGGCUCGCUGCCAGUGUAGACCAGCUCCCACACACCAGCGCCCGUUCCACCGGUGUCGAACUCACUCUGUGCAACAGGAGUGCAAGAUCAGUUUCCUCCAGCCUCCAGCCGAGCUCGAGAAGAAGAGGCUGAACACCGACAUCAUCUAGACACAGAUCGAUCUGUGCAGCUGCUCUCGUUGAAGUAAACCACCACUUCUGACCACUCACGAGAUAAAGAUACUGGUACUGAUGGAUCUGAGAGUUGGCUGAAUGCAGGUGGUUAUUAUACAGAGCCAUUACACAGAUAUAAAGAACCAAUUAGUAGUUGUAUUUCAAUUAUCAAUGCCACAAGUGAGGGCAUGGACUGAUGAGGGAACAUUAGCUCAGUUAGAGUCAACAUGAAAUCAAUAAUGCUCUUACCUGGUGUUGGAACAUUAUUCCCAAGAUAAUGUACGGAGGCCCUAAUGGGACGUGGUGGUGGCAAAAAAACAUGAGAUGGGACGAAAAAUAAUUCUCUUGCAAAAAUUUUGCGUUCCCCCGAGA